AUGAAGACAUCGGCCCCAGCAGGUGAUGCCAGUAGGACCUUCAUUGGUGAGCUCCGCUUUUACUGGCAGCAUUUUCAUGUCGUCCACUUCAUCCUCGUACUGGUGUCACCCAGUCUGAUUGCCUUUGGGAUCCAGCGGGUGACAUUGAAUUGGAAGACGGCGCUAUGGAGUGUUAUUUGCUAUUUUAUCUAUAGCGUAGCCAUGACUACAGGUUACCACCGGCUUUGGUGUCACCGAUCCUACCGUGCCUCCCCGCCUCUCCGAUACGUCCUUGCCGCCCUCGGGGCUGGACAGUUUCAGUGGUCCAUCAUCUGGUGGACGCGUCAUCAUCGCGCCCACCACCGCUACCUGGAUACGGACAAUGAUCCUUAUAAUGCCCGGCGAGGGCUCUUUUAUUCGCACGUUGGCUGGUUGAUCGGAUAUAACCCUGAGACAUGGGGUUCCGUUGAUAUCUCGGACGUAGCAAAUGACCAGGUAGCUGUAUGGCAGCGUCAGUAUUACCCGAUUCUGGCUGUAAUGAUAGGACUACUGCUCCCAUCGGCCGUGGCUCACAUCGGGUGGAAUGACUGGCAUGGGGGGCUUCUAUAUGCAGGUCUUGCCCGGGCAUAUGUUCACGGACAAACUACCUUCUUGGUUAACUCGCUGGCGCACUGGCGCGGUGGCCAGUCAUACUCUACUACACAUAGCGCGCGGGAUAAUCUCUUUGUUGCUCUUCUAACCUCCGGCGAAGGUUACCAUAACUUCCACCAUCGAUUUCCGUCAGACUACCGAAAUGGAAUACACUGGUACAGCUUUGACCCCAGCAAAUGGCUAAUCUGGUCCUGUGAGCGGUUGGGACUUGCAUCGGGGCUUACAAGGAGCCCGGCCAGAGAAAUCGAACGCGCCACUCUUGUUGCCCAGGGACAACAGUCGGCGGACGGCAAUGCAGGAGCUCUUAAACGACACCAGUCCAGUAAUGUGGGCCACCUCCACUUCCCGACAAUGGAUUUGGCCGAGUACGAGCAGCAGACACGGACGGGGCGCUGCCUGAUCAUAAUUGCAGGGUACGUCUGCGAUGUCACUGAUUUCAUGCACAGCCACCCGGGUGGGCAGUGGUUUCUCCAAGAGGCCAUUGGCGGUGAUGCCAGUGUCGCCUUUGAUUCCGUAGGGCACUCCGAAGAGGCGCAGGAUAUGGUUCGGUCGAUGCAGAUCGCCUCUGUACACUAA